AUGGCGCCCCCUCUCUCCUCCUGGCCAUGGGCGAGCCUGGGCAUAUACAAGUACUUCCUGCUGGGCCCGCUCGUGUGGAAGGUGGCGCAGGAGUGGGCGGAGCAGGGCGGCGCGCCGCUGGGCUCGCGGUGGCUGCACCUGCUGCUGCUCUUCUCCGCCCGCGGGCUGACGUAUCAGUUCUGGUUCUCCUACAGCAACAUGCUCUUCCUCACCCGCCGCCGCCGUGUCGUUCCCGACGGCGUCGACUUCCGCCAGGUCGACCACGAGUGGGACUGGGAUAACUUCCUGGUGUUGCAAACGCUGAUUGGUGCGGCGCUGGUCAACGGCCCGCUGUCCCUCCCGGGACUGGAGGAUCUCCGCGUGUGGGACCCGCGGGGGCUGGGCAUCGCGCUGCUGCUGCAUGUGGGCUUCUCAGAGCCCGUGUUCUACUGGGCCCACCGGGCCCUUCACGGGACCCCGCUCUUCGGCCAGUACCACGCCGGGCACCACUCCACGGCGGUGACCCAGCCAUUGACAGCUGGAUUCGGCACGCCGUUGGAGGCCCUGCUGCUGACGCUGACGAUGGGGGUCCCGUUGGCAGGGGCCUUCCUGAUGGGGGCUGGGUCCCUGGGCCUGGUCUACGUGCACCUCCUCACGUUCGACUAUCUUCGGAGCAUGGGGUACAGCAACGUGGAGGUCAUCUCUCACAGGGUCUUCGAGGCUGUUCCUCCGCUCAGAUACCUCAUCUACACCCCGACGUAUCUGAGCCUGCACCACAGGGAGAAGGACUCCAAUUUCUGCCUGUUCAUGCCGCUCUUCGACCUCCUGGGCGGCACCCUAAACUCCAAGUCAUGGGAGCUGCAGAAGGAGAUCUACAAGGGGAAGAAUGAUCGGGUGCCGGAGUUCGUGUUCCUGGUGCACGUGGUGGACAUCAUGUCGUCGAUGCACGUCCCGUUCGUGCUGCGCUCCAUCUCCUCGGUGCCGUUCGAGAACCACCUCAUCCUGCUCCCCUUCUGGCCCGUGGCCUUGGUCUACGGGAUGCUCAUGUGGUGCUGCUCCAAGACCUUCCUCGUCAGCUUCUACUACCUCCGCGGCCGCCUCCACCAGACCUGGAGCGUGCCCCGCCACGGCUUCCAGUACUUCAUCCCGGCCGCCAAGGCCGGCAUCAACCGCCAGAUCGAGCUCGCCAUCCUCCGCGCAGACAGGAUGGGCGUCAAGGUCCUCAGCCUCGCCGCCCUCAACAAGAACGAGGCAUUGAAUGGAGGUGGCACCCUAUUCGUGGACAAGCACCCUGACCUGAGGGUGAGGGUGGUGCACGGCAACACCCUCACGGCCGCCGUGAUCCUGAACGAGAUCCCCAGCAACACCAAGGAGGUGUUCCUCACCGGCGCCACGUCCAAGCUCGGCAGGGCCAUCGCCCUCUACCUCUGCCGGAAAAGGAUCAGAGUCAUGGAUGCUGACAAUGUCGUCGGAGAGGUUCCUGAAGAUCCAGAGGGAGGCGCCGGCGGAGUUCCAGCAGUACCUCGUGCAGGUCACCAAGUACCAGGCCGCGCAGAACUGCAAGACGUGGAUCGUGGGCAAGUGGCUGUCGCCGAGGGAGCAGCGGUGGGCGCCGCCGGGGACGCACUUCCACCAGUUCGUCGUGCCACCCAUCAUCGGCUUCCGCCGCGACUGCACCUACGGCAAGCUCGCCGCCAUGAGGCUCCCCAAGGACGUGCAGGGCCUCGGCUCCUGCGAGUACACUAUGGAGCGAGGGGUGGUGCACGCGUGCCACGCCGGCGGAGUGGUGCACUUCCUGGAGGGGUGGGAGCACCACGAGGUGGGCGCGCUCGACGUCGACCGGAUCGACGUCGUGUGGAAGGCGGCGCUCAAGCACGGGCUGACGCCGGUGUGAUGUGGUCGCUCGUCGACGCAGGUGAAGCGCAGGUGCAGAAUGCAGCUGAAACGAAGCGACUAAGAUCGCUCCCUCCUCCAUCCCCGUGUAUUAUUGUACUCCAUUCAUGUCAAAUGUACCACUAA